UUAUAGAUUUACACGAUACUCUCAUUUUAGACAAAGGAGGUUCUGUAUAUGAAGAACAAGUAUUACCAUUAUUUGAAGAAGCUAAUAUAAGUGUAAAUACGAUUUAUACGGAACGUGCCAAUCAUGCACGAGAUUAUAUCCAUGAGCAAACGCUCGAUGAGUAUGACGGUCUUAUAUCUGUUGGUGGCGAUGGAAUGUUUUCAGAGGUAUGUCAUAGUCUUCUACUUAAGACAGCACAACAAAAUGGUCUCAAUAUAAAUGAUCCAAAUACACAUCUUAAACGAUCGAGUUUACGCAUUGGUGUCAUUCCUGCUGGAUCCACAGAUGCGAUCGCUUUCGGGACUACUGGUUACAAUGAUCCAAUUACUAGCGUUCUACAAAUUAUCGUCGGUGAAUCAUUUUUAAUCGAUAUAGCCACAGCACAUAGUGAACGUGGCUUUGUGCGUUUUAUGGCAACGAUGUUUGCAUACGGCUUUUUUGGUAAUAUUAUUGAACAGUCUGAUCAUUGGCGAUUUUUUGGUCCAUUGCGCUAUAGUCUGGCCGGUUUUGUCCAGUUUAUUCGCAAUAAAUCGUACCAUACAGAAGUAACAAUAACUCAAGCAUCAGAAAAAUGUAGUGCAAAAGCGCCGGUCGAGAAUCAUGAUGAAAAUGUAUUUGGUAAUUCUGUAAAACGACGAGAGAUAUUUGGCAAAAAUGUUGAAGUGGACGAAAGAAUCAAUUCUGAAAAAUCAUCUUUACCACUCCAAAUCAAACGUGAAGAUUAUUACAAAACAAUCAAUUGUCUUAAUAUGCCUUGUCGUUGUGAAGACAGCAAAUAUGGAAUGUCCCCAUCCGUUCAUUUAAAUGAUGGCUCAUUCGAUUUGAUUCUUGUGAAGCGUUCAUGGCGUCUAGGCUUCUUUCGAUUUCUUCAUCGCGUAGCUAAUGAUGGUCGACAAAUUGAAGAAUUAUCUAAUGUUGAGCGGUAUCGAGCUACUGAAGUUGUUAUUCGUCCAAUCGUUACUCGGCAAAAAGAACUAGGCAACUGGGCGUGCGAUGGUGAAGUAAUUCAAGCUAACGAAAUCAGAAUUCGUGCUCAUCAUCAAGCACUUAAUCUAUUUGCAUCUGGUAUUCAUCCUGAUCAAAUUAAGAAAAUAAAUGAAGAAGAAUCAAAAAUUAUCCAUAAAUCAAUAAUGGAAAAAUUUUGUUCAAUUACUAACACAUUAACUGCAGGAUCUUGGCGCUCUGCCCUUUUGUUUUGUUUUCUACCGUUCUUAUUUUUUUUGUGCUAUCGUUUCUUCUUACUGUGA